AUGUACCCGUAUGGAAGUGAACAAGGGGACUUGGUCAUUACAUUCAAAUCGAAGUGUCAUAGAGUUGUCAUAUCAAAUUAUGGUGGAAUACCGGUCUAUAGCAAAAGACACAGGAAACUAAAUAUAUGCCCCCCUGGUACGAUCCAGUUUGAGAGAGACGGUAUCAACCAAGGACCAUACCGCUUCGGUGAGAGGCCGUGGCUCAGAUACACACCGAUGCUCGCUCCCUACUGGGCACCCACCGACCUUGGUUCGUUCAUUGAUGGACCUUCCAAAGUGUUUUAUCAUGUAUACCAGGGGCCAGAUUCCUCUGCAAUAUUGCAGAAGGCAACAGAUGACGUCUUGACCGUUUUCUCCUCUGACCUACCACAGGGAAAAACGUUCUUUGCAUCGUGGGUUCUUGUUGUUACUUGGCAGGAUAUUCGUCACCAGCUACAAAAUGAUAUCACCAGGAAUCUGCACAACACAUUUCAAGCAGUUGUUGUCACUGACGCAAUAUUCUCGUUCGUCAUCUAUAACUACCCUCAUGGAGGAAUCCAAUAUUCUGCCCCAACUGCUACUCAGUACUAUAAAUACUUUGCCAACUACCAACGUAACCCUGUUGUUGGUGUGAACGCCGGAGAGAGAACUGGCUAUUACAAAAAUCAUCAAAGGUCGGGGACUACUGGAAUUGAAGCCAUCGAUAAUCUUGUUGGAAAUGCAAAUAUCCCAGGAAGGUGGGUCUACCGACUCGAAGAUUCUAAUGGCAAAGAAGAUGGCGAUUUGAAGUGCGAACAAUGGUUUAGAAAUGACACAGAGACGGAACCGAGCUCCUUUUCUGAUCCACCAGAUCCUUGUCCCUGUACAGGAGUUCAGGCGUUCUUUGAUGAGAGGUAUGAAUGGGUUGAGCCGGACGAACCAUUCGCCUACUGUUUCUACACCCGUUUCGCAUCGCGCGAUGGCCGUGGUCGAAAGUGUUGUUACUAUACCAGUCAGGAGAGGUUUGCAGCCCUUAUCAUUGGUUUCCCUGGUGGAGGCACCCUCGAUCGCUACCAUAAGCUGACACCGUCACUGCAAACAAAGCACCUUGAAAGUGACGUGCGGCCUUUCCAAUAUUGCUGUAAAGAGGCACAAAAUCCCAUUUGGUGCCAGAGAUACUUUGAGAGGAGGCCAUCGGAGGGCUGUGAGGAAUACGAGCCGCCUGAGUGGAGUUGGUUGUGGGGCGAUCCUCACAUUGUUACCCUGGACACCGGAAACUACACAUUCAAUGGUCUCGGCGAGUUCACCAUGGUAGACGUUAAAGACGGGAUGUUCCAAUUACAAGCUCGAACAAAACUUGCCAAAGGCGAAGGAACAGCUACCGUGUUUGUUGCAGCAGUGGCGAAAGAGGAAGAUACAAGCACUGUUCAAGUCAAUCUGAAAGACGAAGGAGGACUUGAGGUUCUAGUAGACAGUGAAGUGUUCCAAAACUACAGCAGCUUGACAAAUGUCAGUGUCAUGCUCAGUGGUUCUGUGGCAGUGUCACGUCCGGAAAACAACUCCUUCCUCGUCACAUUUCCGUCUGGAAUAUCUGUGACAGUCACCGAGAUACAGGGAUCCCUGUCAAUAGUGUUUGCCGCACCCACAAAAUUCAAGACUUACACCAAAGGUCUUUUAGGGACAUGGAACGGUGACACGCUGGACGACUAUCUGAGACCUGAUGGGACUACUCUGCCAUCCAAUGCCACGGGCAGGGAAAUACAUUUUGACUUUGGAUUGAAGUGGCAAGUGAUGUCAAACACAAGCUUAUUCACGUACAACCCUGGAGAAAACACCACCACUUUUGCCAAUGCAUCAUUUGUUCCCAUCUUCUUGGAUGAACCCAUCCCAUUUGCAAACGACGCAUUAAGACAGGAAGCAGAAGAAAUUUGUCAAGGGGAUGCCAACUGCCUGUUUGACAUAGCUUCCACAGGUGAUACGGCAGUGGGGGCGAGUACCAAACAAACGUCUGUACAACUGGAAAGUGAAUCGCAAGAAUUACUGUGUGGUAGCUACCUUACAGAGGAUAGCGGCAACUUCUCUAGCGCUAAGAAUGUCAUUAUCGAUGCUUACUAUUUUGUAUCGUACCAACAAACUCGCUGCCUGUGGAAGGUCAACCCUAAAUCCAACACAUCGAUUAUAUGGUUGACGUUUGCCGAGUUGUCUCUCGGUCAACAAAACGAUGGCUAUUGCAGUGAAGGAGUUCGUAUUUCUAUACCGGAAACAGCGGGUAAUGAUGAUGCUGAUUACUACGAUUAUGAUGAUAAUGAGCGGUUUCUUUUGAAAGUCUGCGGCCAAUUAACAAACGAGACGUUGCUGAUUGAAGGGACGGGCGUAAAUCUUCGUGUUGAUGGUUUCAGAGACCCUAGGAGAGACGUUAGACUCUUGGACUGGGAUUCAAGUCAGUGCCAGCAAUUCAUCUAUUGA